GAAACUGCACAUAGGCAUUGAGGACUGGCAUAGGUAGAAGGUGACAAAGCUACCAAUGGGUAUGGACUAGUUUGUGAUUAUUAGUAAAAUUUCUCAUCAACUAAUGGAUGCAUUGCCCUGAAACUUGGUGCAGACAUUAACGUGCCCCUCAGGAUGAUUUCUAAUAACUCUGGUGAUCCCUUAGAGGAGCUUUUUGUGCAUACAUAGGUUGAAUUAACUUAUGUACUGAUCAGCAGAAUGGAUCGACAACCACCGUGUGAUUUCAACCUCAAGUAAGAAUCUAGUUGAUGCUAAGCUCCCUCAAAUUCGUCAAGGCCGUUAUAAGAUGUUUCUGCUGUUUUGUCCACUUCCUGUUUAUAUAUGUACUGUAUAGCAAAUCAGCAUGAUGCUAAGAGCAUGGCUCACUCUAGGGCUGCACAUUUAAUCAAAAAUAUUUUUAAAAUUGCCAUAUAGCCAAGUGCAAUAUCCAAAGGAGCUGCCUUUUUGAUAAAGGCAAAAUGUGUCACAACAGACCAUUUUAAAUGAAACAUCGGCCUACAAAUCAUAUUCCAGACAUAAGGCACGUGCUUUGGACAGAUACCCCUCAAAAAAUCAUAUUGUCAUAAUUUGUUUAUAUAUUUCUUGGUAAAAAAUUAUACAGAAAUUACCAUUCGCACAACAACUCAUAUUGCAAUAUCUGUCAGUCACUCAGAUACAGCAUUUUAUUUGAUGAGUCCAUGACGUAGAGCACGACAUGCACGUUCAUGACAAAAGCACUUCCAUGCACUUUGUUAAAAACACUUUGUGUACUGUGCACAUGUAACAUUUACUGAUUAUUGCUAUUAUUACUGUUGCACUUCUCAGUGUUGUUGAAUGUGAAAUAAGUUAUGAUAAAUUUGUAUAUAUGUUGUGCUAAUGGGCAUUUUAUUUGUUUUGAAUAAAUUCCUAUUUAUAGACUCUUUUCCUUGUCAUCAAAGACUUUUCUUCUGUACUAAAUGCAUCAAAGCACCACUUCUUGUAAACCCAAUAAAUACUGUAGAUCACCCUGGUCUUGACAAAUGAUGCAAGACUUUAUCAAUGAGGGAGAAGCCAUCCAAUCACUUGAAUGUAACGAGUUAAACCCCCCCAUGUGUGUGUGGAAGCCGUGCCCUCCCUGUCCACAAUAGACUGACUUUGUUCCAGACAGAAACGCUUUGUGUGAGAGAGUGUGCAUUCGUGCCAGCCAGAGUGAAGACACAAGGCUCCCAGGCCCUGUUUGCCAGGCGUGUGACCCAGGCUUGGGACGGCCAUCCUGACGGGCCACACGAGUCUCUGUUAUCUUGCCUGUCACCUGCUUUAAGCUGGUGGAGUUACAACACAUUAACCACAUGCUGCUGGAAAGCUCUCUGUGAAGAUGAUGUGAAUCUACUGCGACAGGAAAUGAGAAGAAAGUAGGAGUCCGCUUUCACACUUAAGGAGACUUGGUGAAGAGAAGAGUUGCAUGGUUCCAUGCUCUGUAAAGAUGGGGACACUGGUCGAACCAGCGCUGCUGCUGCUUCUGUGGCAGAGUGUUUGGGCUUUCGACGUUCCUCUGGAAAUCAGGCAGCCCCCGACCAUCAUAAAGCAAUCGAUGAAGGAUCAUAUUGUUGACCCCAAAGACACCAUGGUUAUAGAGUGUGAAGCCAAAGGAAACCCUCAUCCCAUUUUUUCAUGGAGGCGUAACGGGAAAUAUUUCAACGUGGCGCGUGACUCCCAAGCAACGAUGCGAAGGCGCUCAGGGACGCUGGACAUCUAUGCCUGGAACAAUCCAGACCAGUAUGAAGCAGAGUAUCAGUGCAUCGCCUCCAAUCAGUAUGGAUCUGCAUACUCCAACAAGAUCAGACUACGACUCUACAGACCUCCUGUGUGGCCGAGGGAGAUUCUGGAGCCUGUGGUGGUCAGUGCCGGCUUGCCUCUGGUCCUGUCCUGUGACCCGCCACCAGGCCCACCGAAACCUGAAACCUACUGGAUGAGCAGCUGCUCAUACGCGAGACCUUUCACCUGGCCCAUUCAGACAGCUUUCCCCACCAUGCAGCCUGUGCGGCAGGACCGCAGGGUAUCCAUGGGAGUUAACGGAGAUCUGUACUUCUCCAACGUCCUGGUCAACGACUCUGCUGCUGAUUACUGCUGUAAUGCCCGCUUCCCCUACAAGAAUGUCAUCCAGCAGAAGAUGCCUGUUGUUGUUAAAGUGCUAACAACCCGCACAGUGGUUGAGGCGGCCCCCACCUGGCUGUCUCCCACAGGCUCGUCCAGCUCCAUACUGGUUCUGCUGGGGGAGGAGCUCCUCCUGGAGUGCAUCGCUGGGGGAAAGCCAACUCCUCGUAUUACCUGGACCAAGGAUGGUGACGACCUGGUGGUGACGCCACGCAUGAAAGUAAAGAACUUCAACAAGAUGAUUCAAAUCCCGAAGGCGUCCUUUGAGGAUGUGGGUGAAUACACCUGCACUGCUACCAAUAAGAUCGGAUACAUCCAGCACACGAUAACCGUCAGGGUCAAAGCUGCUCCAUUCUGGCUGGAGAAACCCACUGAUUUGGUUUUGGCCCCGGAGGAAAAUGGACGCCUGGUGUGUCGUUCUGACGGAGCUCCUCGUCCCACAGUCAGCUGGUUCAUCAACGGGGAACCAAUUGAAAGUGCUACACCGCAGCCUAACAGACAGGUGUCAGGAGACACACUGACUUUCCGCAGUGUGACCGUUGAAAACACUGCCGUCUACCAGUGCAAUGCUUCCAAUCAGUUUGGGUACUUACUGGCCAAUGCUUUUGUCAAUGUGCUACAUGCAACGCCACGUAUUCUUGGGCCCAGGAAUGAACUCCUAAGGGUGGUGGAGGGCAGUCGUAUCUUCGUAGACUGCCGCUACUUUGGUUCUCCAGUGCCUGAACUGCGAUGGUCCAAAUAUGGACAGGGGAAUCUGGAAGGAAAUCGUUUUAAGACCCAUGGUAACGGGACUCUGGAGAUCAAACGCAUACGGAUAGAAGACCAGGGAACUUACCUGUGUAUAGUCAGCAACGUCGCAGGAAGAGACGAGAAUCAAGUCCGAAUAGAGGUCAAAGAGCCUACCUUAAUUGUUACAAGACCACAGAGUAUGAAAGUCAUGCGUGGAAGCGACGUGCGCCUUGAGUGUGGUGUGACAUCAGAUGUCACAACUCCUGUCACAACCACCUGGAUGAAAGAAAAAAGACACGUCACUCUUGGCUGGAGACUCUCUAUGGAUGAAUCAAAUCUGGUCAUCACCAAUGUAAACAGAGGCGAUGAGGGCAAUUACACCUGUGUCAUCAAGAGUGAGCUGGAACAAAAGUCUGCCUCAGCACACCUCAUGGUGAUGGACCGUCCAGAUCCUCCCACUAAUUUGGAGUUGUCAGAUCCAUAUGAACGCACUGUUAGACUCAGUUGGGUCCCUGGAGACAGCAACCACAAUCCUAUAACAGAGUACCUGGUGCAGUAUGAUGACGAUGACUGGUUGCCUGGGAAGUGGAGAAACCUCUCAGCGUACCCUGGGAACCUCAACUCUGUCAUUCUGCAUCUUACUCCUUUCACCUACUACGAGUUCAGGGUCAUCGCUAUCAAUGAAAUCGGAAUGAGUCGCCCAAGUCGUCCAUCUACGCGCUUCCAGAGCAGCGGUGCACCUCCGGACGUCAUCCCAAAGAACUUAAAGGGUGUGGGUACAUGGAGGAAUAACAUGGAGAUCAGCUGGGAGCCUCUGACCUACAGAGAGUGGAACGGGCCCCACCUGAAGUAUCUGGUGUGGUGGAGGAGGAGAGACUCCCGAGAGGAGUGGAAGAACGCAACCACUAAAUGGCUGAAAUACUACAUCUACGAUGCAGAUACCUUCACUCCUUAUGAGAUCAAAGUCCAGGCUGUCAACGACUUUGGGCUGGGUCCAGAGUCUCCUGUUGUCAUUGGUUACUCUGGGGAAGACCGUCCUCUAACUGCUCCCCUGAACCUGCGGGUGUCCGACAUUGAGAGCACUCAGGUGACUGUGCACUGGGACCCAGUGUCACGCGGCUCUAUGAUGGGAGCAUUGAAAGAAUACAAGGUCUACUACUGGAGGGACAGCAGUCAGCUGAGGUGGCACAGGGUCAACAGAGGGUUGAAGUCUCAAUCAUUUCCAGACAAUGUUGCAGAGCCCUCUGGGGUCGUCACUGAGCUCAUCCCCUAUAGCAACUACAAGAUGUAUGUAGUGGUGUCAAACAAUCGAUAUGAAGGGCCGCCCAGUAAUAAUAUACAGUUCUCAACACCUGAAGGAGUACCAUCUGCUCCCAGAUCCUUCAGGAUCCAACAGCGACAUCUGGACAGUAUUUACGUUGACUGGGACCUGCCAGCAGAACCCAAUGGUAUCAUCACUGGAUAUAUCCUCAAGUACCAGACAGUGAAUGCUACCAGGGGAGAAGAGCUCAGAGUUGAGGAGUUCACUCCAAAUGUCACCAGUUUCUCAAUCCGGAGAUACGACCGCUACACUCGAUACAGAUUUUCUGUGGCGGCACGAACUCGGAUCGGGAUAGGGGAAUGGCAUACAGAGGAGUCACCCCACUACACCACUGAAAUAUAUGCUCAGGACCAGGUGGACAUCUCCACUCAGGGUUGGUUCAUCGGGAUUAUGUGUGCUGUGGCUCUCAUCGUGCUCAUCCUACUCAUAGUCUGCUUCAUCAAAAGGAGCCGAGGGGGGAAAUACCCAGUGCGGGACAAAAAAGACAUUUCAUUGGAGCUGGUGGAUGACAAAGAUCAGGAGGGAUCAUUUGACUACAGGUCUCUUGAAAGGAUAGCACGGGUCUCCACUCUGCCUUACCCUCGGCGAGAGGAGGAAAGAGGGCUUCAAAGAGGCCAGCCGUCUAUGGAGGCAAUGAUGAAGCGAUCAGACAGCGACGACAGUCUGGUGGACUACGGUGAAGGAGGCGAGAUGCCAUUCAACGAGGAUGGCUCCUUCAUCGGCCAGUACACUGGAACCAGGAGGGACGUCAGGGAGUUGGACUUUGGGGGAAGUCUGGAGCUCCACUCUCCAAUGAACACCAUCUACUCCCUGGCAUAAAACUCUCCAUUUUUCAUGUGACUUUCAGCGCGUGUACCCUCUGACUUGAACCACUUGCGGUUUGUCUGCAGGAGGGAACAGCUGGAGCCCGAGGUGCUGUUACCCUCUGUGUCCAUGCAGACACAGCAACUGUCACGUAUUUCAAGAGGAAAAUGGUGGAAUAUUUGGGACAAUACUACAGCUGAGAUGCUUAUCUUAAGCAAGCUUCACAUUUUGUGUUUCAUAUUGCAUUUCUUGUAAAUAAAAAUGCUGCAUGUUUGUGCGCGUGCAUACACAUGAGUACGUGUUCAGUUAUCCUGCCAACAGAAAGACACUACACAUCAAAGGAGACAGAAGAGGAUCAGUUUAUCAUGUUGAUAAAAGCAGUUGCAAGGACCAACUUAACGCCUGUUUUUCCAUCUUUUUGUUUAAGCUAAUUUCAACAGGAUUUAAUGAGAUUUGUGUUAUUUUUGUGUGUUGGCUGUUUGAAAUAAGGGCAGCAUGCCAUCUUCUCAUGAUCAAGGGAGUCACAGUGUACUCUCUGAACUCAGAUUGCAUACUCUUUCUUUUAUAUCCCAGUGUUUAUAGUGUAAUGUGAGUGUAUAAAAGGGUUGAUGGUAAUAGAUUAAGGAUCAUAAAACAUCUCCAGGGACUACUGAUUCAUCUGCACUGCCAGAUUGUGAAUUUUGCUCUGCUGGAAGUCAAAAGAUCAAACCAUUUUGGGAAUCAGCAAGCAGCCAUAAAUCAGCUGUAAAAUCACAAGUUGCUCAUGUCUGUCUGUACACUUGCCUUAACUGUCUCCCCAUUUUACUCACGAUGGAGAUGGAUGGAAAACAUUAAUCAUGAUGUAACAGCUUCAGUUUAUUUGACCCUUAACAUCAUCUGUGUAUUACCACAGUCAUGUCCUAAAUGUAAAUA